AUGAAAAAAAAAGUUGAUAAAUCCGUUACAAAAAAAACAAUAUCAUGGGAUGAAGUAACAAUAAAUGAACAAGAUAAAGAAAGAGGUUCAAGGAUGAAAAUAUUAGAGCCUAAUACCCCCUUCAAUUUUAUUUUAAUGGAUAGUGCUUCAGAAGAUGAAGCAUCAAAGUAUGGGGAUGUGAAAGGAAGUGAAGAAGGACAAAAUAAUAUUGCUGAUGAUUUGAUAAAUAAAUUAAAUCAACUUGUGGAAAAGCAAGAAAAUAAAGGAGUCUCGAAUAUUGACUUUAAGGAGAAAAGAAAAAAGCACUACAAUGAAUAUAAGAUGUUACAAAAAUUAAGAAAAUCGGGAACAUUAGAUGAUAUUGAUGAAGAGUAUCAAGCAGAUAAUAAAGAUUCAAAUUGUGAUAAUAGUAAUGUGAAUGAAUCCGAAGAAUAA